AUGGGCACUCUGCAGCACGAUAAACUUCUCACGGAUGAAGUGAGGUUGAAUUAUGCUUGGACACCGGCGUUAUUGCCGGCGGUUGCAAGACGGAGGCUGACCUUCACGCCUUGGAAGGACACAGUAAAUGUUUUCAGUGCUUUGGUCACCAUAAUCUUCUCUGUGUUUGAAGGGAACUUUGAGGUGAGUGUGAAACUCUCUUGUUGUUUGCCUCUUUUUUCUUGGCACUGCACAGCUGUGCAACGUAUGCAUUGGCGCAAGGAAUUGUGUCUGUUGCGGUGUGCGGGUGUGCUCACAUAA